CUCAAUUAUUUAUCUUGAUCAUCUUCUUCUUGUGCACAAUCACGGUUCUGAGUUUCUAUCACCACCCGCAGAUAUCCCGUUCGAUCGAACUUUCAUGGGAACCGCUUUGGAUUCAGAAUCACAUUCACAGGGGGGUAGUGACGUGCGCAUGCUGACGUUCGGUCUCCAGAAGUCCUGCCAGUCGAGAUUUGGACCUCGGGUUGGGAGGAUCAUUUUAGCGGCUCCACGGGAGGAAUGUACUACUAAUAUUGCAAUUGAUGGAACAUCUUCCGUCACUCUCGAUACCCCAAAUAUUCUCGUUGGGACCUCCCGCGGAGUCGUUCCUCAUCUUUCACGCGACCAUUGCAAUUCCGCGGACGCUAUCAAGUGGAUUAAUGUUCCGUUCGAGUCGUUUAUAGAACAGUCUCCCCCAGUGCCGACAUUACAAACGAGACCAGAUCCACUGCACAAUUUCUUGGGCUUCGACAAACGGAAACAUAUCGUGUCUCUAUGCCUCCGUGAUCCUAUGGAUACGCGUGAGAUGCCUCCGAAUGGUAACGCAUACAUGUCUGCAUUAUGCGUGCGGGGUGUGAGGAAGGUGACGCUCUCUGAUUGGAGAAAGUAUGUGUACAAGCUGCAGCCCGACGUCGUGUUUGCGCUCAGCGAUACACCGUUCACGGCGCCCCCACAUUCGCAGAAACGUGUGACCAAGAGUAUAGAACGUAGUAUUGCUUGGCUCGUGGACAUGCUUCGGCCACUGGAGCGCUCUGUUCCAUCUUCCUCUCUGACAACGUCAGGGAAACCAUCUCAGCACCCACUAAACGUGUUUGUUAAUAUGGCUGGGGGAACCUCGAUUCCUGCUCAGCUUUGUGGCCCUGAUCUCGAAGCUGUUAAGCCCACCAAGCGCCUGGAUGACGGCGUCGUAGGGUACUCGUUCGACCUCGCGACGUUGCGGGGAUCGAUUCCGAAGCCUCUAUGUCCGCCCCGCCGAACCCAACCAAACAACGUGCUCCAGCAGGAGUCACCUAAUAUGCUUCAAGAUGCGGUAAAGUUGAUAGAGAUUCCGACGCCAGAGAACGGUGAUAUUCACACCCCAUCUCCACUGCCAUCAAGAAUCCCGGAGUCUGCCAUGCUCCCAGAUACUGCUUCGCUGCUCCAGGCCUCUCUUAAGCAGCUUCCAGAAGGAAAGCCACGACUGAUGCUUAGACUUAUCCGAGAUGUCGGUGUGGAUAUCUUUGACGCAGAUCUAGCGAUUGCAGCUGCUCACGUCGGUGUUGCAUUGGAUUUCGCCUUUCCUUUACCUCCUGAUCACGGACCUUCGGAAGAAGGUAAGAAAAAGGAUGUGGGGCAUAACUUAUAUGAUCAAGGGUACGCACGCCAGUAUGGAAGGUUGUCGGACUGUUUGGCUGGAGCGGCGGAACCUCAGUCUCAGUUCUCAGCACCACUUCCGAUAUGUCCCUGCAUUGCCUGCUCGCCACGUUCUCCCACUUCGCAUAUCCUCCAUAGCAAGGCCGAUGUACAAUCGUACGAGGAGAGAGAUCGGAGUGGGAAAGUGGUAUACAAUCCGCCGCGAAGCCGGGGAUAUUUGCACCAUUUGUUGCACACACAUGAGAUGUCUGCACAUACGAUGCUAGCGGCACACAACCUCGCGGUGCUAGACAGGUUCCUUUUUGGUGUGCGGGAUGUUCUUGCUGGUGGGAGGGAUGGAAUUAGUAAAGGUGAGGGCGAGGACAGGAUCAGUCGCUUUGCGGUGGAGGUGAAUAGGUUUGAGAGUGUGUAUGACGAAAGUAUGGAGGUGAUUCAUGUGGCUAGGAAAUGUUGGCACCAGGUUGAUCUAGCGAGAGGAAAGGGAAGAUUAGGGAGAGAGAAGGAGAAGCAGGCGCUUAUUGAGGCUGAAGGUGUUAGUGGCGGGUAGUACUUGCGAAUGCAUUGGAAAGACAUCUAGGUUCCUACUCAGGGGCUAUUAUACCGUGAAUGGAAGGUGGGGUCACG